AUGCUACGAUCCCUCAACGCAAGAAACGGAUCCCAAUCGGGCCGCUUAAUCGGGCUGGGCCGGCGUUUGAUGUCAACGACCGUGAUGAGCUUCGGGGACGGGUCCCAUGGUGCACUUGGCCUGUCCUCUUCUCCGAUGGGUUUGGGCUUCGACGCCUACGAACCCACUCCUAUCACGACCCUGCCGCCGGACGUUUGCGGCGUCACCGCCGGCCACUACCACUCCCUUGCCGUCACUUCACAGGGCCAGGUCUGGGCCUGGGGCCGUAACAGCGAAUUGCAGCUUGGUCGUGGUCCGCUUUCUCCUAGAGAACAGUGGAAUGAACCACAGAAAGUAGAAGGAUUGGAUCAAGUGAAGGUUGCAGAUACAUUUGCAUCUGGUGUUGUAUCUGCUGCAACCGGAUAUGACGGUACUUUGUGGGUGUGGGGAAAGUCCAAACGUGGGCAACUCGGUCUGGGAAAAGACAUCACUGAGGCUGUUUCACCUUCUAGAGUCGAAGCACUUCUUGGACAUGAGAUAGUUAAGGUGGUUUCACUGGGUUGGGGACAUGCUCUUGCUCUGACUGAAGAUGGGAAACUGUUCGGCUGGGGAUAUUAUUCGGAUGGCAGAUUAGGGAAGAUUGGCAAACCUUUCGAGGCAUCCCCACUAGAUUCUAUUGCUGGUAAAGUGAAGUCAUCAUCAUGCGAAAACUCGAACGUGAUGAUUGAGGCAGCUGAGCAAUUGGUUCUAGAAGCAGUAGAGAAGGAAAAGGACAUGCCGAUUAUCUGGGAGCCUACUCAAAUUGAAGAACUGCAUGAUGUUGAUGUGAUGGAUGUGGCUUGUGGGCUUGAUCAUUCCUUAGUAUUGUGCAGCGAUGGUACUCUUCUGAGUAGCGGGAGCAAUGUGUACGGCCAGUUGGGUAGAGCUAAAAACGAUUUAGGAUUUCAUGCAGUCGACAUGAAAUUUUCAGACCUCCGACCUAUCCGCAUAGCAUCAGGACUCGGACAUUCAUUAGCAAUUUGCACGAAUAUGUUGUCAGAAGAUGGAACAAACAAUGUCGUCACAUGGGGAUGGAAUCAAAAUUGUCAGCUCGGGAGAGAAGGUUCUGAAAAUGUUCCAUUGGUUGUUGCUGGUUUCGAUGGUGUGGGCCUCACAUCCGUCUCUGGUGGGCGCGUGCAUUCAUUAGCUGUCACAAAUAAGUGUGAGGUUUGGUCCUGGGGUUGUGGUAGGAAUGGGCGGCUCGGAUUGGGUAGCUCUACUGAUGAACCCGAACCUAUGCUAAUCGAACAUUUGGAGGGUCGUCAAGUUUUCCAAGCUGUUGCGGGUUUCGAUCACAAUCUUGUCCUAGUGAAUGAUGCUAGUUAA